AUGGCACCUCGCCAGAUCACUGCCUUGCUGGCGAUGCCGGCAUCGCUUCGGCCCCUACUAUUCACAGCCCAGGUGCCUCCGCCGUCAUGGGCACAGAGCCGCGGGUUCCAUGCCACCGGCGCAUACGCCAGCCGUUACAUGAAGAAGCCUCUCACGGUCGGCGCCUUCACAAUACCGCAUAGUCCGACGCUGCCGCUCACAGACAUACCCAUCAAAGAGCUCCUCGAGUCACCCAUACCGAACGAGUCUAUCCAGGACCAACUCACUACCCUCUUCAUCAAGAACCCCGCCACCUUCUACCACGGAACUUCAGACUUCUACGAGCUCAAAAAGAACACCCGUAUACCCGAGAUAUGUAUCCUGGGCCGGUCCAACGUCGGCAAGUCUACCUUCGUCAAUGCGCUCGCCAACCGGAGAGACAAGGAGCUGGCGCAUACCAGCGCCCGGGCAGGGAGGACCAAGGCUAUGAAUGCCUUCGGCUUUGGGCCCGCGCCGCUGAUGAAGGACCUCGCCGAUACGGAUACCAAGACGAAGCGGACCGAGGACCUGCCGAAACAUACCUUCUUUGUCGUGGACAUGCCCGGGUACGGCCACAAGUCCCUGAAGGAAUGGGGCAAGCACAUCAGCCUCUACUUGAACAAGAGGCAAUCUGUCAAGGGCGCAGUCCUGCUGAUUGACGGCGAGGUUGGGCCCAAGGACGGCGAUCUCAUGGCGCUGGAACUGCUCCAGGAGGCGGGAGUUAGGACGGCUAUCGUCCUUACAAAAGCAGACAAGGCGAAACACGAGGAAAUGCUACGGGACACAUGCCGACGGAUGUGGAUGGCCAUGCGCGAUGUCAACAACAGGGACCUCAACAGCAAAUGGACUUGGGAGAAGGACUUCUUUGUCACGGCCCUGGGAGCCACCAAGAAAGAGAUAGGGGCAGACACGGUGUCUAUAGCGCGGCUGGCUGUCGCCCGGCUCGCCGGCCUUGUCCAAGAAAAGGAGAGGCCGGAAGCUGAGGCACCGAAGGGUUAUACCGGCAAGGUUGUCUCGUUUGAAGAUCUGCAGUUUGCGCCCAGUCCAACGCCAGCGGCGUCCGCUCCCACACCACCUACGAUUGCCUCAACCUCCUCGGGCUUCACGGAUCUAGAACGCGCGGCUAUGGAUCAGCACAAAGCCCGAAUGGCAUCCAGGAGCUCGCUUGACACUACGCCGAGCUGGGACUUGAAGCCCACCACCCGCAACCCGCAGCGCACGCAAACCCGAGCCCUGCACACUCUCCCCGGUGCCAACCGGCCCGAGGACCGUGAACUGCAGGGCCUCCUGAAAGAAUUCAUGUCAACCCUGAAGGUCAAACACACACCCAUGGACGAGGCAGCGCGUUCGCGCAACAUGUCGCACCGGGACCGCGAGCGCAAUGCCGCCGCCAAAGGUAAACCCCUGAAGCCCAAGAUCUGGGACCCGACCUUCGUGCCGCCCAACAAGGAGCAGCGCCAGCGCGCCAAGCGGCUCCGCCAGCGCCACGCCGAGCUGUACGACCGCCGGCUGGAGUUUGAGGAGCGCAGCGCGGCGCGGAAGGCCGAGAGGGCCGCGCAGAUGGAUGCUGAGCGCCGGGAGCGGGGCCGUGCGACCUGGGUCCGCCGCGACGCGGACGCCCCAUAUGGCGGCGAGACGGCGUCGGCGGGCUUCGGCGAGGGCGAGGGCGAGGGUGAGGAGGGCCCCGAGGACCCCGAAGAGCGCGAGAGGCGGCUCGCCGAGUCGUGGGACCAGAUCGAGGAGGCGCAGCGUACGCGACAGCUGCACGGGAAGAAGGCCAAGAAGGCCAAGAAGGAGGCGGAGAAAAAGAAGAAGGGCAAAGGCAGGAAGGGUGACGACGAUGGCGAUGAUGACGCUUUCGCGGCCCAAUUUGCCAAAGCCUUCUGA